UGUGCAACCAUUAUUUUAACUUCCACUUCUUCGACAAAGUUCAUAAAGUAUUUUACGGGAGUCCGGACAAAAUUAGCGAUGAAUCUCACGUCUCUUGCCUUCUUGACGAUUUUGCUCCUGUCGGCUUCGGCCAGAGUUGAGUCUCAUCGCAAGCUGAACAAGGUCCAACAAGGUGAAGCAAUUCCUGGUCAGUAUGUGAUCGAACUCGACUCCAGCGUUGGAGAUUCGAGAGGAUUUACGGCAAGAGUAUUGCAGCGCUCCUUACGAUCCAAUGUUAUUGAGAACUACGAUUUUGCCCUGAAAGGUUUUGCCGUGAAGGAUCUUCCAGACGAGGUCCUGGACUUUCUACUCAACCUUGAUGAUGUUCUGUCCGUAUCUGAAGAUGGCUUUGUCGAAAUGGACCAGGUGCAAGCCGGUCCAACUUGGGGUCUAGAUGUCAUAGAUGGCUCUGACGAUGACAAAUAUACCUACAGUUUUACUGGAAAAGGCGUCGACGCUUACAUCCUUGAUACUGGGAUCGCCGCUCACAGCGAUUUUGAGGGCCGUGUCGCUUCCUGUAUUUCCUUCGCCAAUGAGGCUUGCGGAUCGGAUGGCAGUGGCCAUGGCACUCAUGUGGCUGGUACUGUCGGUUCUAAAACCUACGGAGUUGCGAAAGAAGUCACACUUCACGACGUCAAAGUACUCAACGCGAUGGGUAGAGGAACGUACAGUGGGGUGAUUGCUGCCAUCGAUCAUAUAUCCAAGAUUAAAAGAGAGAACACUAGCAAGAAGAUGGUCAUCAAUAUGAGCCUUUCAGGUGGAACAAAUUCUGCUCUGGACAACGCCAUCAAUUCUGCUGCCAAUCUGGGAAUCGUCGUCGUGGUAGCAGCUGGAAACGCGAAUGCAGAUGCUUGCAACUUUUCACCAUCUUCCGCUGCAGGUGCGCUUGCGGUCGGCGCAAUGAACGGCUCAAAUGGUCGUACCGUCUUCUCAAACUGGGGCAGUUGCGUUGAUAUAUUUGCCCCUGGUGUUGGUAUCGUGUCACUGUCGACUACAGGAGGAACUUCCACAAAGGCUGGGACUUCAAUGGCAUCCCCACACGUUGCCGGUGUGGCUGCAUUGUAUCUCGAAGCUGGAAGGUCAGCAUCAAAUAUCCAGACUGACGCUGUUGCUGGUAAACUCUCCAACUUAUCAGGCUCUCCCAAUAAGUUGGCAACCACCUCUCAACUUUCGAAGUCAAUUACCCAGGCCCCGACUCCUGCCCCAACGCUGAGACCCACACGAGCUCCAACACGAAAACCCACUACCGCGCCGGUGGUGAUUACGGUUCCACAAGAAAAUCCAAAUUUGUGUAUUGGUGCUGGAGGCUUAUGCAGCAGCUCAGCUGACUGUUGCGACGGGCAGACCUGCAGUCGAUCCUGGACUCCAAGUACAGGAGUCUUCAAGUCUUGUCGAUCAUCAUCAAGCUGGUGGGGUUUCUAAGUAUCAAAUAAUCCUUUCAUUUUGUUUGCCAUAUGGCAUACUGGCUCAAAACUUCGUGUUGUGCCUUGUUGAUUGCAAGAAGCACUUUUUUAACUUUCUCUUUACUCUGACAGUGAGUAGAAUCUCUAUAUAGUCAAAUUGUCCUUC